UAUGUGCCUAUGAGGCAGGACCAUAUGUGUGUGAGGCUGCCGCUGUAUGGGAGGCCGAUUUCAUUGCAUUUCUGCUUACUGUAGCGGAGUGCAGGGGCUGCCCGUGGGCGAGGGUUCUGCUUAAGGUGAAUAUAGGAGACUGGUUCAGACGAGGCAAAGGUCCCUUACAUUCAAAAAUACUUUGCACCUUAUUGCUCCUAGCUCUACACCCUAAUAAAAUCAGGCCGGUGUAACUCUUCAGCUACCAACUAAAAAUGGUCAUUGAAGAAUGAUGGAAGCUCCUGAAUAUCUCGACUUGGAUGAAAUUGAUUUUAGCGAUGACAUAUCUUAUUCUAUAACAUCCCUGAAAACUAUUCCAGAGCUGUGCAGAAGAUGUGAUCCCCAGAAUGAUGACAGAUCAGUUUCCAGUACAAAUUGGAGCUGUGGAGUGUCAACUCUUAUUGGAAACACACAGAAGCCAACAGGAAUUGCAGAUGUCUAUAGUAAAUUCAGACCAGUGAAGAGAGUCUCCCCACUAAAACAUCAGCCAGAGAGCCCUCAAAUCAAUGAAAGUGAUGACCAAAAAGAAGAAAAAGAGGAAAAUCAUAAGAAUGGUGAUCCAGAUAAGUCUAGCACCACAGAGAAUAUCCCUACCGAUGAUGGGAGCUUUAAAAGUAAGAGUAUUGAAGCAAGUGUCUUGCUUGGUGAAAUUGAACAUUAUGACUUGGACAUGGAUGAGAUUUUGGAUGUGCCUUACAUCAAGUCCAGUCAACAGCUCAGUCUCUUUACUAAGGUUGCAGCAGAGACAAGGACUUCAAAUAUCUUCCCAUUGGUCAAAGGAAAGACUGGGACUAUUGGAAACGUGGAGAAUUUGCCAACAAAUGGUGCACAAUUUUGUGUGCUGUCCCCUGUUAAAAACUCUGCUCAGCCCUCUGUCCUUGAUCCAAACAGGCAUUUAUCUGGGGGAUUAGCGCUUUCUCAGUCUAGUAUUCAAAGUGGCUCAGUCCAUGAACCUGAAUACCAAAACAAGGGCUUUCUUAACAGAACUUUGUCUGAUUCCCAUGCACAGAAACUUGAAAAGAAUAUGCCAAACUGCCAGCUCAGGGCUUUCCAUCUGCAGGGAGCAGCUACCGAACCACAACUGGAUGGGAUAAAUGGUAAUUUGAACUGGAACUUUUCUGACGAAAGAAGUGAAGAUAUGAAGAAAAUUAAAAGCAUCAUAAACAUUGUUAAAGAAGGUCAAAUCUCCUUGCUGCCGCACAUUGCUGUUGAUAAUUUGGAUCAAAUCCAUGAUGAAAAUGGAAACAACCUUUUGCAUAUUGCUGCAUCCCAGGGACAUGCUGAAUGCCUGCAGCACCUUACUUCUCUGAUGGGCGAAGACUGCUUGAGUGAAAGGAAUGAUGAGAAGCUUACUCCUGCUGGUUUAGCUAUAAAGAGAGGUCAGCUGGAGUGCGUCCGCUGGAUGGUGAGUGAAACAGAAGCCAUUGCAGAAUUAAGCUGCUCUAAAGAUCACCCAAGCCUUAUCCAUUAUGCAGCUGGCUAUGGACAGGAAAAAAUACUGCUUUGGCUUCUUCAAUUCAUGCAAGAACAAGGGAUUUCCUUGGAUGAAAUUGACAAGUGUGGAAAUAGCGCCGUUCACAUUGCGUCCCAGCAUGGCUAUCUUGGCUGCAUACAGACGUUAGUUGAAUAUGGAGCAAAUGUGACCAUUCAGAAUCACGCUGGAGAUAAGCCCUCACAGAGCGCCGAACGCCAGGGCCACACUAUGUGCUCAAGAUACUUGGUUGUGGUGGAGACAUGCAUGUCCUUGGCCUCUCAAGUCGUGAAACUCACUAAACAGUUGAAAGAGCAGACGGCUGAGCGUAUCAAUUUACAGACUCACCUUCAGCAGCUACUGGAAGCUCACAGAACCGAGGGCAGAUCUCUCCCCACAUCCCCCAGCUCCCCAUCAUCACCAUCAUCCCCUGCAUCCGGCAGUCACCAGUGGAAGACAAGUGACCCAGAAGAUUUGAAUCCAAAAAGCAAACUUAACGGUUAUAAUGACAAUUAUCAAUCCCUGAAUGCAUCGGUUCCAAGCCGGCUGCGCUGCCGGGCACUAGACGAUGAGUCAGAUAAAAUCCUGCGCCAGUUACUGGGCAAGGACAUUGCUGAGAAUGUUUCUAGUCCAGAAAAAUUGUCCUUGGAAUUUCAAGAUGGCCAAGUCUCCCGGAGUGGGAAAAGGAUCCCCCCAGAAAAGAAAGAAUAUAAACUUGCCCGCUUACGGCAACUUAUGCAACGGUCCCUCAGCGAAUCUGACACGGACUCUAAUAAUUCCGAGGAUCAGAAGAAUCCUGUAGUCAGAAAAGUCGACAAGCCAAGGCCACAGCCCAUGGUAGAAAAUGUAGAGAACUCCGAAAAUCUACAGUUAAUUAUAAAAAAGCAUACUCAGGCAAAUUCCACAAGUAGAAGGUUUCCUUUUGGAUUAAAGUCUUCCAAAUCUACAGAUGGUCAUAGUCCAUCCCCAACAUCUGAAAGCAGUGACCCUGACUAUGAACCCCACUACCAGACGUCAAGCAUACCUCAGGGUUCAGGAGCAGCCGAAGCCAAUUCUUCCACACACAGCGGUUCUGCUCAAAAGACUACUAGUCCAAAAAGUGCCCUAAAAUCACCAUCUUCCAAACGAAGGACUUCACAAAACUUGAAAUUACGAGUAACGUUUGAGGAGCCUGUAGUGCAUGUGGAACAUAUUGAGGAUGUACCGAAUGAAGAAAAAGAGAAAGAGAAAGAAAGCAGCAAAGCUCUACAAAGGGCCCCAUCUAACGGUGAAUCAGGAGACCAGCAAAAGAGGCCGUUUGGGGCAUUAAGAUCCAUUAUGGAAAGUCUUAGUGGCAACCAGAACAAUAAUAACAAUUGCCAGACUGCAAACACAGCCAAACCAUCAUCCCCCUUUAAUUCAUUAGGGAGAAAGGCAGCAGAGGCAAAGACCAAUCCGGCAGGCCCAGCAAAGGGAAAAAACAAAACAGAAUCAUACACCUGCUGUGCCAGUCUUUCCUCUCCUAGGGCUCUGCUUGAGGACCUUGCUCCUAAUACAGCUGCAUGGCCUAAUAUGAUGGACAGAACAAUGAAGAUUUUGCUUGAUGAUACGAAUGCAAAAGAAGAAGAGAUGAAAGAAUUCUUCCUGUAAUGGCUGCUCAUGACUUAAGACAUGCCGAGCUUGUAGCCCAAGAGCUUACCAGCAACAGUGUACCGAUGCCUUACAUUUCUACUGCCUUUAUUUUUGCAAGCUGAUGAACAGAAGAUUCCCGUGGGCACAUUUUCUUAUGAUAAUCUAAACUUUCCUAAGGACUGCAAGCCUUUUUCUAUACUGUAAUAACUGCAUGAACUAGACUCAUUGCCUGGACAGACAUUUACACCAUUAGAUGCAUUUUCUUGUACAUUGAUUUUUUUUUUACCAGUUUGUUUUGUAUUUAUUACUGACAACAAAGUUGGAUCUUUUGCUGUGGCACCAUAAAAACCCACCUAAUAAAAAAAGAAAAUAACC